GGUUUAUGUCUGUAGGAUUUUUGUGGACAGGAGGGCAAGGGUGUUUACUAUCAACAGGAUUAGGACACUGAAGUAUAAGCUCCAAGGUGCAGCUGGUCCCAGGAUAAGAGCAUAACCGUGGGGAAGCCAAUGGCAGGGCAUUUCGUGUAACUGGGAAGCACUGAGGUGAGAAGCACAACUUGGAAACUUGCCCUGUGAGUCAAUUAUCAGUCAGUAGAAAAGAUUAAAGGCAGUGUAAAAGGAGGCCAGACUUGCAUUCAUCAACUCUCUUUCUCUUCAAUCCUGCUUUUCUUUUCCGAAUUUCCCAAAAAGUGGUAUUUGGAGUUUCACGAUUGGCAAAGGAGAACUUGAUUGAAGAGUUGGAAGGGCAAGUCUCUGGUCUGUGUACACAAAGACGUUUAGCACCCAGAGACUGACAUCCCUGGGAAAACUGCCCACAAGUGUUGCCAUCCAAGGAGACAACAACAACAACAAUAAAAACCAAGAAGCUGCUGCCUGACUCCAAAUUGACUGCAAAGAAGCCAUGAAGUCCCAGCCGGUGGGAAGCCUGGAAGAUGCCCUGCUGAGUAAGGUAGACUUGAGGCACCAGCAAAUUUCCCAAACUGUGGAUGAGGUGCAGAGAGUUGUCCAUCGUUUGACUACAGAAAUCAGCCACCAGGAUGUUCGAUUUCAAGCUGUGCCUUACUCUGAUACAUACAAUGUGAACAUUAAGGUCUUGGCCCCCAGCCAGUUCCUCAUCACAGUCCCUCUGAGGGGCCUGGCCGGGUACAGGGAGGUCAGGGAGCAGCGCUGGCGCUACUACACCUUACAGGGCACCAGGCUCCCCUGUCCCCUGCGGGACCCCGAGGGCUUGCAGCAGUGGCUGGCGACAGAGCAGUUUACGAAGAGCAUGUGGCAAUGGCAUGAGACCGAUGUGAACAUUGAGGGAGACAUAGUGCCCGCCAAGGUUCUCCAGGUGUUCCGGAAGCUGGUGGACAAUGCAAUCAGAACCUGUCACCUCUCAGGGAAGGUCAGCCUGUUGGCCAACCGCUCUGCAGUCUGGGUUGCUGUGGAAACAUCAACGUGUCAAGUGGAACUAGAGCUGGUCCCCAUGGUGGAGAUCUCCAACACCUGGUCCGAGAAAGCACAGUGGCCUCCAUGUCUGAAACGCUGGCCUAACCCAAAGAAGGUGGAAUGCAUUAAGUCUUUUGGGUUCAACUUGUUGGCUAGCUCUAGCUAUCACUGGCAGCUGGGCUUCCAGCAGGCUGAGCGGGUGCUGCUGCAGCAAUUGGACGAGGAUGGAGGCUGCCGCCGGAGGUGCCUGCAGGUCAUGCGACAGCUGAAGGAGGACGUCUGGUGUCCUGGGAAGAGGCCGGUUCUCACGUCCUACCACCUGCAGACGGUGCUCUUCUGGACUUGCGAGAAGUACCCCCACCCCAAGGACUGGCAGGUGUUGAGCACUGGGCUCCUGCGCCUGGUGAGAAAGCUGCACAAGUGUGUGAGCCAGCGCUUCCUGAAACACUACUUCGUCCGCAAAAGCAACCUUCUCCGGAGCGCGAAUGCCAGCCAGCUGGACCUCGUAGCCCAGAAGCUGGCCUUCUUCCUCAAGAACCCGCAGGUCAGCCUGCCCUGAGCUUUGCCUGUCUGCAAGGCCUUGCACGAUUCCCUCCAGCUUGACCUCAUUCUCGGGGCAGAUCCUCACUCAGGAGCCAGCCUCCUGUCCCCCAGGAGAGGAAGUGAUGCCCACCCAACAGCACAUAAUAUGGGCAGAAGAGGUGGUCCCAGGUUUCCCUGGGACCAAGCAAGCAUUUCAGGCCCGGCUUUCCUCUGCUGGGGAUGGCUCGUGGCCAGCAUAAAUCAGAGAGGAAAAGUGCCUGCUGCUGGGGCCACAGCCUUCCGAGGGUCAGGGAUGGAAUGAACUUGGUA